UCACCUCACCUCACCUCACCUCACCUCACCUCACCUCACCUCACCUCGUCUCGUCUCGUCUUGACCAACAAUAAUGAUAUCAAUAACCAAACCCACGCCCUCCACACUGCGCCUGCUGCUGACGAUAAAGCCGAACGCGCGCACCACCGCGGUCGUCGCCAUCGACCCGGCUACAUGCAUUACCCUACGUAUCCACGCUCCGCCGCGCGAUGGCGCCGCGAACGACGAGGUGGUUAGGUUCGUGACUAAGACACUGGGACUUAGAAAGAGCGAUGGCAGGGUCGUCUCCGGUGCGAAGAGCAGGGAGAAGGUCGUCGUCGUGGACGGCGCGGCGGGCGUGGACGUCGAUAAGGCGGUUGGACUGUUUGCAGCGCUGGUGGAGGAGUGA